AUGGGGCUGGUCCUUCAUCACAGAGGUUCAUCGAUUGUUUCGGUUAAGGUUGACCUGUCGUUUGUUAGCUGUAGAGGUGGUUAUGCAACAUGGUUCAAUAGAAAAGCGAGUGACCCGAAUCUUUUGACUGGUGCCAUUGUUGGUGGGCCUGACGCUUAUGACAAUUUUGCUGACCAUAGAGACAAUUAUGAGCAGACCGAGCCUCCUACCUAUAACAAUGCACCGCUUCUUGGUAUUUUGGCUAGACUACAUGGUGGUCAUGGUGGUUACAACCAACUGCUUCCGGUUGAAGUUCAUGUUGCUAAGCCUAUUGCCGCUCAACCAAAGCCUAAUCCGGUUAAAGAAACUCCAUUUGCAGCUCCGGUUGUCAUUGAACAAAAGCCGACAACUUCAUGGGUAGCAAAUGGGAAAACAUACUACAGAUACUCAGCUAUAGUGACCAACAAAUCAGGGAAGACGAUCAAGAACCUUAACCUAUCCGUCUCCAAACUCUACGGUCUUCUAUGGGUUCUAACCAAGAGCCCAAGUGGUUCAUACGGCUUCCCAACAUGGGUUAGCUCAUUACCAGCUGACAAAAGCAUGGAGUUUGUUUACAUCCAUGCGGCUUCACCCGCACAAGUUUCACUCUCAAGCUACACAUUGGCGUAAAAGGUUACGAAUGUGAUCAUUAGACGAAUUAAUUUGAGGUAUAUUUUUCGAGGUUUUAAACAUUUACGCAGCCAUACAAGAAGCUACCAAGGGAAGUGGUUUUCUAAGUGUGAUUUUUAGGUUAUUUUAUAAUUUAAGGUGUGUAAGAAUGGAGGAAGAAAGGAGUGAAGAGAGGAUUUUAAAGAAGUGCUCAUCCUCUUUCUCAUCCUCUUUAAUUAGCAUAGGGUUUGAAUGAUAUAGAUUAGAGCUAAUGUUUGUUUUCACUUCAAGUUAGUGUUUUGAAGUUAUCUUCACUUGUUUUUUGUGUGUUUGGUUGUGAAAAUUUGGCAACAUCUCAA